UCAUCUGUAUUUAUUUAUUCAUCUCAAUCUCAUUUAAAUCUCCGUUGAAUUUUAGCCUGGAGUCGAAUAAAAGAUUCAAUCUAAUUUGCACCAAUUAAUUUUAUCAUUUAAUUAAAAUUAUAUAAAAUUAUCUAUGUUACACCACAAUAUGUCUGAUACAUUUCUACGCCACUGGCCGAUACUGCAGUCUGGGUCCGCUGACGGUUCAAACUCUUCCGCCACUCGUUGGGCCCGUCAGUAUCUUUCGCGUGCUCGCACGGGGAACAUCGCUCGCGCGUCUUCAUCAAGGCCCAUUCCCGGUCUUUCGGUCCACCGACGGGCUUAUUCGCGACGCAAGGUCCCGCGAACGGUGAGAGAGGAGAGUCGUUCCUAAGCAGAGAAGCGAGCAUGUCCGACUAAAUGAGAGUUCCUCGCGAAUAAUACGAAGGUCUAUUCGAACCCUCUUCCUUUCCUACCAUCUCUUCCUCUUUCUUCUCUCUUUAUUUACUUGUCCUCGAGGCGGACCGCGAGUACACAGUCCGCGAGCGUUUCGUAAUUAUCCAGAGAACGGACAUGGCUGACCGUUUCUGGAGACUGGCCCUGUGCUGGAUAUGCAUCGUCGGGUUUGCACGCGGCAAUGUGCAAAGCAAAGUGAGAUGUACCAAGCAGAUGAUGGAGGUGGAUAUAGUGAGGAGUAGUCCGCAGGCAAAGAUAUAUCUUCAACAAUUUAAACAUUUUCCGGAUGAGGCUUGUAAGCCGCAAUUUCACGAUGGCGUUGCCACGUUCAAAUUAUCAUUGCUGGAACAGGACAUGUUGCGAUGCGGUAUUACAAGAGUUCUUAACAAAGUCACGGGUCAAAAGAUGUACUAUCAUCGGGUAAUAGUGGAGGAGCCAGCAGAUUCCAGCAAACACACGUUCACCGUGAAAUGCGUAAUCACCGAAGUUGUCGUGGAGCCAGAAAUCGCCAUCGCGUCCAAUCACACGGCGGUACGGCGGAGCGUUCUUCCGGCGGGCUUUCAGGAACCUGAAGUAGAGGAGCUUGACUUGGCAAUCUCAACAUUCUCGGACUGCGGCUUUUCAUUUCUCGCCAGUCAUCCGACAGUGUUAAUCGCGUCGUACAACGACGCGAUAGACAAGAACCUCUCACACUUCCUCUAUGAGGCUUGUAAGCCGCAAUUUCACGAUGGCGUUGCCACGUUCAAAUUAUCAUUGCUGGAACAGGACAUGUUGCGAUGCGGUAUUACAAGAGUUCUUAACAAAGUCACGGGUCAAAAGAUGUACUAUCAUCGGGUAAUAGUGGAGGAGCCAGCAGAUUCCAGCAAACACACGUUCACCGUGAAAUGCGUAAUCACCGAAGUUGUCGUGGAGCCAGAAAUCGCCAUCGCGUCCAAUCACACGGCGGUACGGCGGAGCGUUCUUCCGGCGGGCUUUCAGGAACCUGAAGUGAUCGAUAUACGUGAAGAAAUUUCGGGAGCGGCGCCAGUUCCGAUCCUCGGUGUCGGAGUGAGGCAGGGUGGAGUCUUGGUGACCGGCGAACUCAACGUUAGUCCUGGCACGCCGUUGCAGAUGGAAAUAUUUUUGGACAAUGACUCAGCUCCAAUCUACGGUCUGCUUGUGACUUACAUGCUGGUUACCGAUACCAAGAAGCAGGAAGAAACAAUUAUUAUUAACGGGUGCUCCGUCGAUCCAUACUUGUUCGAAAAUUUUAAUACCGUGGACGGCGACUUCCUGACGGCAAAAUUCCGAGCUUUCAAAUUUCCGGAAAGUACUUAUGUCCAGUUUCGUGGCACCGUUAAUGUCUGCUUAGAUAAAUGUUCAGGGAUCGAAUGCAGCAAUGGUCAAGUCGGUUUCGGCCGAAAAAGGCGAGCUAUUGAGAUGUCAAGCACAGACAAGAACAAAUUAUUCGAAGUAACCAUGUCGACAUUCAUCAAGGUCGAUUCCACGGAUGACGUCAUGAUCGAUCAAGUACUCUCGGAGUUCAUUAGGAAGGGUAAGAACAAGACGCACACAAAGGAGAGGGCAGUAAUUGCCGAAGAAAUCGGGGAGCAGUCUGAUCCGACGACAAUUAGGACGCACGAGAGAGCGUUUCUUGCGGAAGAAAUUAAGGAACAGUUUAAAUACAAAGUCACCGAGGUGGUGGUCAAUUGUUCUUCGUGUAGUACGCUGAGCUUGAGUCUUCUCUUGGUAUUUCUUUGCUUCUACAAAUUCCUGUAGAAAAAGUAAGAUUCGUGCUUCCUGAGAAAUAAUUGCUAAUUGUAAAUAAGAUGCAUUGACAUUAAAAGCGUGAAGAAAAAUAAAAAAGUAUCGCUUUUGAGAACUUGAUAAUUAACUUGCUCACUAAUAAACAGAAUAUCGAUCAUGAUGACCACGGAUCAUCAAUUACAUAUAUGCAUAGUGGUGAUCAUAUACAUAUCGAUUGUAUACAGUCAAAAUGUGCCUAUAUAGAAGAGCAUUGAAAGAAAUUUGUUUUGUAAUGCUAAUAUUCUAAAGUAGCGUAAUUUCCAUUUUCAAGAAAAAAUUUGUAUCAUUAUACAAUAUAAAAUUAUCCGCCUUAAAACACUUUGCGUGUGAUAUAAAGUAUAAAGAUACAUUUAAGAAGAAUUCAGUUAUUAGACGGACGAAUUCGGCAAAAUUAAAUUGUCGAAUUUAAAAUCCGGAAGAAGCUUAAAAAGUGAAUACACUUUAUCUUGGCGCUAAUAUAAUAAGCAGUAACAUAUGAUUUCUCCGCUUUGCGACCGCCGAAUUUUCAAUCAUGUAUAACACUUCAAUUUUACUAUAUUUUUUUAUUACGUAUCUCAAGUAACUGCCGUAUUUCUUGAUGGAAUAACUGCCAAAAGAAAAUUGGCCUUUGCGAGCGGAGAAAGCGGAAUACCUAGUCGUGCGACGAGGUGUAAUAUUGUAAUGCGACUUAAUUAAUUAUUUAGUAAGUAAUUAUUAAUUGCGUAUUUCGUAAUCCCAGUCUAAUUAUUACGUAAAUAAAUGUAAAAUAAUUAAAUAAACCGACAACAGAU